CAAAAAUAUCGUGAGCUGUUAAUCGACAUUAAUUAUUCAUUUAUCUCGACAAAUAUGAAUUUUUGUAUAAAGUAUAUUCUAACGGCGAUAAUUGUGUCUGGUGUCGCGCUUGGUGCUAUUUCGCAUCCAAGACCUGUUGCUGUGGAGAACCCCUGUAAUCUGGUUCUGGCAGAAGAUCCUAUAGAUACCUCCGACUUCAUUAGCAGACUUACUGACAUACAGACAAGAUCCGAAGGUAUCGAGCUUGACGCCCAGCGCAUUAAGACACAGCUCAAAGGUUCAGGAAAAGUGCGUUCAUUUACUGCAAAGGUUUUGGAUAGAUACAAUUUCAUGGAAACUGUAUCGCAAGAUAAAAUAUCACCAGCUUUAAAUAGCCAGGUUGAGGCUCUACAAUCCCACUAUGAUUUCCUUUUCGAAUAUAUCGUCCAUAUCCAGGACAUUAAGGGCGCCGACAGUCUGAGCACCAACAUCGACGUCGCCAAUGCUGAACUGCUAAACGCCCUUGACAGUCUUGAGAACAAGAUUGAACGCACAGCCUGCAGCGUCGUACUCGCACUAAGAGCCAAAGGAAGUGAUAUGCUCGAAUACGAGCCGACGCUGUUAAACGGAUAUACAUCGUCACCCUUUUCCGCCAUUUACAACGCUUACAUUCUGGCAAACGACGGUGUCAAACUGGGCGCCUACCUCAAAGAAAUGUAUGGAGAACUUUCAAAAGCAAACUAGGUUUAGUUUGGCUGGGAAAUUUCAAUGGUGGGGUUAAAAGAGGUUAUUUUACAUCACGUUUUUUACAUUUAUUACAUGACAUUAUAUUUAUUUAUGAAUUUCAAUGAAACUCAAUCUUUAUUUAUAGUAUUAAAAUGAACGCUCGGUAUGCCGGUUUUAUUGCCAAGAUUGCACAUGUUUGAUCCUUUAUUUAUUUAUCUAUUUAUUGCCAGUGUCUUUCAAUGCUCCAAACAUGCAUAAUUUACAUUUGUAUUUACAUGAUACUGAAUGGUGUUUAUUUAUUUAUACUCUAUUUUUAUAAAAUCUCAUAAAUAUGUUUUAUUAUUUAAGGUGAAACAGUUUUGUCGAAGCUUGUGAAAAAAUAAUUUGCCAGCAUUUGAUUUAUCAA